AUGAUGAUGUUAUUGCCUGCAACUGGGAACUGUGACAUCAAACGCCCUUCACCCCAUGGGAAGCCAGAAGGUUGGAAUCAGUCAACAAAAUGCUUCAAGGGGGUGUUGGCCACACACUUUACUGGAGGCGACCUCGACAAUGCUGAAUUGAUUGGCAGAAAUAUUGCUAUACCAUCAUGGGUUAGUCUGGCAGAUGACCAAAAGACAAUAAUGAGCAGCAGCCUCGAAGAGAAUGCAGCCCUGAAAAACAUUGCUCUUCACAGAUUCAAAAAUUCUUGGGGAGCAUUGCUCAUACUCUCUCAUAAGUAG